AUGGAGUAUGAUCAACCACCAUUUGAUAAGACUAUGCCACCUCUCAGCGCAGCCGAGCUCGUGAAGCAUCCUGAAUUCCAACAUGUGACAUGGGCUCUAGAUCCAGCAAAAAAGGGGAAAAUUGCCGUUGCAGAGGGUCGAGGUGGGCCUAUACAGAUAUCCUAUCAGAUUCAUGGCAAUGGUCCGACGAAGCUUGUGGUGGGUACUACGUCUUCUCAUCACUUCUCCAUCAAAGCAGAAAGAGCCCUGCGCUCUUCUGCGUCGAAGAGUGUUGGUACCAACGUAGAGAUUGCAUUGUCGAGUGGCAGAUGA